UUUCCGAGCUCAUUCUCUUGUUAAGAUAAUCUGUGUUAUUAUAUCAUUUUCAUAUUUAUUGAUACCGUUUCCAUGAGACAAUGAAUUGUACAGGAGAUUGAAGGCUUAAAUUCCAAGAGUGAUCUAGUACUGUACGGAACAGGAUGAAUGUGCUCUUCAACUCAAUUCUAAUUUUAACAUCUAUGAUGUGUGCAAAUGGAUUUAUUCCGGUAGUGACACUUCAUCAAGGGCACAAACACUACAAACCUGAUAAGGACAAACCAAAAGAUAUUUUAAAAGACAAGGAAUUCUUAAGAGAUUAUGACCACAUUAAAGAAGAUCUGCAAGAACUCUACAAUAAAGAUUUUUCUGAUAAACUUGAUCCCAUAGAUUUGGAAGCAUAUUAUUUCCAGGUUCAUGAUUUAGACGACGACCAAAGAUUAGAUGGAUUAGAAUUGUUAGCAGCCAUGAAUCAUAUAAUGGAUAGGCAACAUGAAUCCUUAUCCGAAAAAGAUAUGUAUCUGGCAGAUAAUCCUCAGAUAAGACAAGGUUUACAGGUGUGGUGGAAUGAGAAGUUCGAAGAGGAUUCAAAAUUUAUAGAUGAAAUCAUGAAAGAAGAAGAUUUAGACGGUGAUGGCUAUCUCGACUAUUUAGAAUAUGCAACAGCACGGCAUCGAGAAAAAAUGGAAGUUUAAAGAACAGGAAGAAUAUCCCAAAAAUUAAAACUAUAGUCUUGUUACAUUGAGAAAAAAAAUUCUCCUCUCCUUCCAAGUUGUAAAAACAUUCUUCAGACUCUGAAUUUCUUCCCCCAGAGACUAAGCAUCAAUCCCAAAGGAAAAUACUUUGCAUAUUUUUAUAUAAUGUAGAUCAAGUCAAGUAAUAUUGUCAGUCUACUGGGUAAUAAUGAAACAACAUUGCAAACAUGUGAUCCUCUGACCAACAUACCAUUCGGGACAACGAUAUAAAGUUUGCAUAAAGGUGGCUGUCAUGCACCAUUGUCAUCUGUAAAUUACCUACUACUUCUAUGUGAUAAAAUUUUUACGUCUUAA